AUACGAGGGGAACGGGAGAACGGCGUCUGUUCCGCCUCCGAAAGCUUCCGAUUCAGACGCUCGAGCGAUGGCGGAAGUCCACUGAACCACUUUUCCACUCGUUAGUUCGCCAAAUCGUGCUUAGAUCUUUCUGUGAUCCAGCCAUGCCAUCAGUUCGCCCAUGUUUCUUCCUCCUUUUGGCCUCUUUCCUGCUCCCGCUCGCGGCGGAGUCCGCGCAACAGGCUUUCCGACGUGAUCCGGGACACCCUCAGUGGCAUCACGGCGCCUUCCAUGACUUGCAAAGCACCGUCCGAGAAGAUGUCCGCCGCAUGCUCCAUACUAGGGCGGAGGUUCCUUUCCAAGUUCCGCUUGAGGUUAAUAUUGUACUUAUUGGUUUCAACGCUGAUGGGGGCUACAGGUAUAAGUUAGAUGCUCACAGGCUUGAGGAAUUCUUGAAAAUUAGUUUUCCAACACAUAGGCCAUCCUGCCUUGAGACAGGAGAGCCAAUUGAUAUCGAACAUCAUAUCAGCUACAAUGCCAUACCUGCUGGACAGCCAGAAUUAAUAGCUCUUGAAAAGGCAUUAAAAGAGGCUAUGGUUCCAGCAGGAACUUCUAGAGAGAGCGAGUAUGGAAGUGAGUUUCCUCUAUUUGAGGUUGAAGCAACCCAGGUGGAACCAAUAUUCGAACAACUGUACUCAUUUAUAUUUGAUGUGGGAAGUGCUGAACAUUCUGCUACAGAAAUGGGCAGAAAUGUUGCACCUGCAAUAUUUAUUGUGAAUUUUGAUAAGGUCAGAAUGGAUCCUAGGAAUAAAGAAAUUGACCUUGAUAAGUUUAUGUACGGGCAAAUUGGUGAAUUGAACGAGGAACAACUGAAAAGGCAGGAAGGAGAUUACAUAUACCUCUACCGUUAUAAUGGAGGAGGAGCAUCUCAAGUUUGGUUGAGCUCUGGGAGAUUUAUUGUGAUUGAUAUUUCAGCAGGCCCUUGUACAUAUGGGAGGAUAGAAACUGAAGAAGGAAGUAUUAGUUACAGAUCAUUGCCUCGGUUAUCCAAGUUAAUUUUUCCAAGAGGAUCAGGCAUGGCUAAGGUAGACUCAACAGAAGCUAUUUUCAUCGGGCAGCUUAGUGCUUUGGUUUCAACUACAAUUGAGCAUUUAAUAGCUCCAGAUAUCAGGUUUGAAACUGUGGACCUGACUACAAGGCUUCUUAUUCCUAUCAUAGUCCUGCAGAACCACAACAGAUACAACAUUCUUCAAGCUGGUCACAAUAGAAGCAUUGAUAUUCAAGCAAUUGAAAGAGAGGUCAAGAAGAUGGUACAUGCUGGGCAGGAGGUAAUAAUCAUUGGUGGUUCCCAUGCAUUGCAUCAGCAUGAAAAAUUAGCAAUCGCUGUUUCAAAAGCAAUGCGUGGACAUUCUCUGCAAGAAACAAAGAAAGAUGGCCGGUUUCAUGUCCAUACCAGAACAUAUCUAGAUGGUGCUAUUCUUAAAGAGGAGAUGGAGCGCUCUGCUGAUGUGCUUGCAGCAGGUCUACUAGAAGUUUCAGAUCCUUCUCUCUCAAAUAAAUUCUUUAUCCGCCAGCAUUGGAUAGAUGAAGUAGAUAGCUCGCAAGAUUCUGCAAUCAAGCAGAAACCAAUAUGGGAAAGCUACAACCCGAGGCAUGGCAAAGAUAAGAAAUCUACUGGGAAAAAGAAGAAAGGAAAUUUGUACCGAACAUAUGGAACCAGAGUGAUUCCAGUUUUUGUGCUUUCAUUGGCUGAUGUUGAUCCUAGCCUUCUUAUGGAAGAUGAAAGUCUUGUUUGGACGAGUAAGGAUGUUGUAAUUGUCCUUGAGCAUAACAAUGAGAAGAUUCCGCUAAGCUAUGUAUCGGAAACCAAAAGGCAACAUGCUUUUCCAUCCCUAGCACAGAGGCAUAUUUUGGCAGGCUUGGCUUCUACAGUCGGUGGGCUCAGUGCACCUUAUGAGAGAGCAUCACAUAUACAUGAGCGGCCAAUUCUCAAUUGGCUUUGGGCUGUAGGAUGUCAUCCUUUUGGGCCAUUCUCCAAUUCAUCCCAAAUCAGUCAAAUGCUCAAGGAUGCUGCUUUGAGAGUCACAAUAUAUGCACAAGUUGAUUCUGCUCUUCGCAAGAUACGAGAAACGUCAGAGAGUGUUCAAUCCUUUGCUGCUGAGCAUCUCAAAACACCACUGGGGGAGCCAGUGAAAAGCAAGAAAAAGAAGUCAAACACUGAGUUUUGGGUGGAAAAGUUCUACAAGAAGACAACAAACUUACCUGAACCUUUUCCGCAUGAGCUUGUUGAGCGUUUGGAGGAAUAUCUAGAUAAGCUUGAGGAACAACUCGUGGAUUUAUCUUCUUUGUUAUAUGAUCAUCAGCUAAUGGAGGCGUACCACAAUAGCUCCGACAUUCUUCAAAGCACUAUAUUCACUCAACAAUACGUGGAUCGCGUUUUGGCAUCAGAGAGGGAGAAAAUGAGGUGUUGCAGUAUCGAAUACAGCCAUCCAGCACAGACAUCCCAGGCUUUUGUUUAUGGGGGAAUUCUUCUCGCUGGAUUAGUCGUAUAUUCCGUUGUUAUAUUCUUCUCUGCACCUGUUCGCUGAUAAAACCGCUGAUAAAUCGCUCAAAUCGCAGAACUGCCCAUGCUGACAUCUUGAUGCAUCAAUUACGCAAAUUUUAAGCGGCAUUAGAGUAUGAGUUUAUACUGUAACUUCUUUUCCUAGGAAGAGAAUUUUGCUGAUUGCGGAAAAAAUAAAUAACUUAAGAUGACCAAAUUACUUGCUACAUGUUUUUAGGAUGCCAUGGAACUAUAUUCUGCCUGAUCUAGCUUGAGAUGUACAUGAUCCUAUGACUAGUACAUUGAUCUUUAAUUCUGCAUUAGCAUACUCA